UAGAAAUAGAGACAAUAUAUUUACGCACCGAAAGAUCAUAUAAUGAGAUGCGUUACGUCACUAAUUCGACGCGUUUUCUUUUACUGUGACUUUCAAAUUUCACACUUUCUGAGCCAUAACACACUGAUGUGACAUUUUUCUUGGACACUCCAAUAUUCUCAAUACUCGUAAUCCUGCUUAGAAGAAAAGAAAUUUUGUCUCCCUCAAUCAACGUUAAUCUAUAUCAGUGCAAAUCAGCUGAAAUCCUAGUACAAUCAUCAAACCUUUUUUUUGGUCAUUCAUCAUUUUAUAUGAAAUCUCGGCUUCAUUCACAUUGCAGGCAAUCUUAUAAGAAACUGACAAAUACUAGCUACAAUAUACUGACAUGCCAAGUUAAAUCGUCUAAAUAUUUUGACUACUGCAGACUUCAUCAUCAAAACUGUUUUGUACAGCUGGCUGCAGCAUAUGCGUCAGUUCCAUUUCGCUCAAGAAAAGCGUUGAUCGCUGUCAAACUGUCUCAUCGUAUCUCUUCGAAUUUUUUCGGAUGUCAAAUUUCAACAACAUCGAUGGCAAAGAUAGCUCUAAGUCUUUUUGCCGGUCAAGCUUCUCGAUAAAAAUGCAACGUAGUCUAAGGAAAAUGAGAGAAAGCAUCCACAAAAUUACUGAGAGUAUUGAGGAAGAGGAUAAGCAUUCGAUGUACAUCUUCCCCGAACAAUUGUCAACCCUAAUUUGGCGCACCGGCUUUUCCAAAGAUGAAAUUCGCAGGUUGUAUCGUGUCUUUAAACAAUUGUGUCCCAGAGGAUGUGCGAUAACUGGCGAUUUGACGUUCGUAUAUACUAAGUUGUUUCCGUUAGGCGAGCCAACUAGAUACGCGCAGAUUGUGUUUAAUAGUUUUGACAGGGAUGGUGAUGGUAUUGUUAACUUCAGCGAUCUUCUUGGAGCUAUGACAUUGAUUAUUAAUGGUAAUGUGGAUCAAAAACUCUCCUGGAUAUUCAGGUUGUAUGAUCUGAAUGGAGACGGUUGCAUCACGAGACAAGAAAUGUUAAUUACAAUAUCCGCGGUUUACGAGAUAAUGCAGGGUGCGCAGAUUAUUCAACCCAUAAUUGAUAGCCAAGUGGACAGAUUCUUCGAGAAAAUGGACGCGGAUAAAGAUGGUGUGAUCUCUAGAGAAGAGUUUAUGAGCGGUUGUAAAAAUGUACGAACAUAUUCUAUAUCUUAUACCAUAAGAAAUUUAACACUAGAAGGACUCUAUUUAGUAAACAAGAAUUUCGAAUGAAAGCCUGAAUAGAGUCUCUUUAGUUAAGUAUAAUCAGGU